AUGAUUCAAGGUGUUCUGCAUCUUGUACCGGUUCAUGUUAGCAGAAUAGGCAUAAUUCUGAUAAGCAAUUCAGUCGCUUUUGCCUUAAGCCAUUUCUUUCAUGGAUGUUCGUUGUGGGAAACUAUGCAAUGUUUUACGGCUACCCACAAUAAAGCGUUAAAAGUGCGAAGAUAUUUGCACGACGACUCAUAUGCAGGUGUUCACAAUUGUACCUUUGAUAUUCUUAGACGGUCGAUCAUGAAUGGCCUUGGAGGUAGGACGAUUUCCAAUUUCGUAGUUGACUCAAUAUUUAAUACUUUAAUGUUCGUUGCUGAACCUUUUUUGGCCCUAGGUUUCAAUUUUCUUAUUUGGAAAAUUUUGACGAUUCAUCGUGCAAGGAAACAAAGUGAUUCCAAUAGCGUUGUCAAAUUUGAAGCAUUUUGA